CAUGCUCAGUCAAUGUGGGCUCAUUGAACAGACGAAAACCGGCCGCUCUCUCGACGUCUUCAUGCCCACCCAGCCAGAUGCUCGCAAGGCGGUUGCGGCUGCCGCAGUUCGCAUUCUGGAAAUAUCAUCAUCCUCUAGACACGGUCGCACAUCACUCGACGUCCCGCCGACGUGAGAACUCAUCCUCUUCAGCAAAUGAUCCUGCACAAACCUCACCUGCACUCUCAUUAUACGACAAGUUAUUCUCCAGCAAGCCCACCGCAAGACCAACGAGCCCACGACAUGGCCGUCCGUCCUCCGGCCUCGAGUCAUCCGUCGAGUCCACUAGUCAAGAAACGCCGCGUUCGCUGCAGCAUUCUCUGGACCCAGAAGACUCACAUGCUGCGAAAGAUGCAGGAAAGUCAACCGACGCAUCUGAAAUGAACGGCUACAUUGAUGACCUCAGAGCUCGGCUUCGGAGCUUCUCAGGCCUAAUCCACCGUCGCCUUCAGAUCAAGGAGGACGAUGGCGAGGAGACCGUCGUCAUUUUGUCGUCCACAUCCCGCUCCCUCCUCGAAUCGGACCUCUACCGUCUCGCCCAGCGGGGAAAACACGUUGCCGGCUGGACCAACGGCAUCUCCAAAGUCAUCCAGUCCGUCUCCCCCGUCACCAGAGAACCCCGGGGCCAAUACUUUGUCUUUUUCGACAACCCCGCUGCCGCCCGCGUCUACCAUUCCAGGCUCAUGCGCAUCAUGCGCCAAACCGAGCACCACGAUGAGAACCUAAAAGACGAGUCACACACCGCUUUAUACCCGCUGGAAGUUGGCAACGUGCCAGAAAUCAUGUCGGCCACCAAGCUCGCCAGCAUCGUGGCCGACGUCGAAGCAGCCGACAUAGGGAAGCCACAGCGGUACGGGCCCUUCUCGGCGAGCGCCAGGGUCCCGCACGGACUGGCCACGCAUCUGAGCCCGGACGCCGCCACCACUGCCGGACUCGGCUCGCCCGUGCUAGUGCACCUCAUCGGCAGCAGAAUCACGGCCGAGGCCAUGAUGGAGGCGGUGCGGGCCGACGGGGAGGAUCGCGGCCUUCCCUGGCGGCUGCUCGACGAACCCCCAACCCCCCAAUCGCCACAUUGGCCGCGGCCGCUGCGGUGGCUCCGGGCGGGCAGCGCCGAGAUUAAGGAAUCAGAAUUUGACAAAGAGGCGGUCGACGCCACCACCCAGCAGAACAUCGACGACUCGAAUGAGGAGGACGCACUGAGCAUCGAUGAGAAGAAGAAGACGAAAGGACGCCGAGAAACGCGGCAGUAUGGGUACACGCGCUUCGUCAUCACAUUUGCGGAUUCAGUUGAAGCCAGGCGUUUCGCGCGGACGUGGCAUAAGCGGGAGAUGGUGGAUGAGCGGACCGGCCGGACCAUGGUUGUCAAUACCGCUGUGUUGAUGUAGGAUAAAUGGGCAGGGAUUGUAUCGUGCUCUAUUGUCAUCAACGGAUCUGGGUACCUGAAUUUGUAUACCGUGAAUCAUACCAUGUAUCGUCUUGUGUUGGUGCUGCCAAAAGGGUUUGACUUUUUCGAGGUCAAUUUCCAUCGAUACCAUGAAACUGUUUCAAGCCACCCUUGAACUGUCUCAUUCUGUGAGCAGCAGCCCAUCCAUUACCCUCCUAACAUCGGAA